GGGGCUGAGAGCAAAGAGGGAGACGACGGAGCUGUCAAACAGCAACAAACCACUGAAAUAUUAUCCCAGGCGGUGAAAAGACACCGUACUUUGCUCUUUUGUAGAGAAAAACAGAGCGACAGCAACAAACUAUUGAAUUUACUUUCUGCGUUCAGCCUCGGGGAAUCGGACAUACUGAGACGUGGCGACGGAAAACUUCUUGUUUUGUGUGUGUAUGUGUUGGUGGAUGUGUCGCUAAUGUCUGUUAGCCUGUCGAGUUUUGUUGACAAACUAGCCACAAUGCUACUAGCUUUUGGCUAGCUGCAUAGUCUCCUUUUUUCCGUGUUCUGCUCAAGUUGUCGUUUUUCUCUGGGAUGGUAUGAAACUCUGGCUGACCCGUCCAAUGUCCAGCUGUUGUUUGAGACGACUCUACGAAACAAAGACAGGUCUCAAAGGGUUUAUUAUACAUCUGCCAAACAUGUGAAACCCCAGGCAUUGAGCGGAAACUGAACCAGCAGGACUUAUCUCGGAUCUAUCCAGUGUUUGUCACCGGGAUUCCCUGUACAAAAACUUGAAACUCAAGUCUAUGUGUGUGACAUAUUUUCCCCCAGCACACAAACUGAGUAAAUCCCGUGCUGCCGUGGAACCAUCGGCUCCGUCACACCAAUCUAGUGCUCUUGUCAUGUGGGUACAUUACAGGAUAUUACCCUCACUGGUGUCACCAUCUUUCACAUCACCAUGGACCGCAAUAAACGCAACUCAAUCGCUGGGUUCCCAAUGCGACCCGAACGCCUCAGCGAGGACAGAGAUGGCGUUGGAGGGGUAGGGGUUUGCGAGACAGGAAUGGGCCCGCCUUCACAGGUGGGUAGGGUGUGGCCUUCAUCCUACAGAGCCCUCAUCAGUGCCUUCUCCUGUCUUACACGCCUUGAUGACUUCAACUGUGAGUGGAUUGGCUCUGGAUUCUUCUCUGAUGUCUACAAGGUACGCCAUCGAGCUUCGGACCAAAUCAUGGCCUUGAAGAUGAACAAACUGAGCAGCAACAGAGCAAACAUGUUGCGAGAGGUUCAACUGAUGAACCGGCUUUCCCAUCCGUGCAUUCUCAGGUUCAUGGGCGUAUGUGUUCAUGAGGGCCAGCUUCAUGCUUUGACAGAGUACAUCAAUGGUGGAAACUUGGAGCAGCUACUGGACAGUAACAAACACCUGAGCUGGACUGCCAGAGUGAAGCUGGCCUAUGACAUCGCUGGUGGACUGGCCUACUUGCACUCCAAAGGCAUAUUCCAUCGAGACCUUACCUCCAAGAACUGUCUCAUCAAAAGUGAUGACAAUGGCUACUCGGCAGUGGUCGGAGACUUUGGACUGGCAGAAAAAAUCCCCACCAAUGUUGCUGAAGGAGAGAAGCUCUCUGUGGUGGGAUCUCCUUUCUGGAUGGCUCCAGAGGUGCUGAGAGAUGAGCCCUACGAUGAAAAGGCUGAUGUUUUCUCCUAUGGAAUAAUCCUUUGUGAGAUCAUUGCGAGGAUCCAGGCUGACCCUGACUUCCUUCCACGCACAGAGAAUUUUGGCCUGGACUACCACACCUUCCAGCACAUGGUGGGAGACUGUCCGCCCGACUUCCUCCAGCUGGCGUUCAACUGCUGCAAUAUGGACCCAAAGCUCCGCCCAUCCUUCUCAGACAUUGGGAAACAUCUGGAGGAGAUCCUGGCCCGACUUAAAGUGGAGGAGAUGGAACGUGAACGCGACUCAGUCACUGGAGACAAUGAAAAGAAGACCAUCACUAAAGGUGAAAAAGGGCAGGGCUUCAAGAGGUUAAACCCACUUGGUUUCCAGGAUGAUAAAAUCCCUCCCAAAUCUCCACGUCCCAGAAGGAACAUCUGGCUCAGCCGCAGCCAAUCAGAUAUCUUCUCCUGUAAACCAGGAAGAAAGGUCAAUGUCCAGGACCCUUACUACAACCCUCCCAGCUUCCAAAGAGCCUCCAAAGUCCGCAAGAUCAACCCGUUCACGGCUCGGGAGGACCUGUGUGGGGGCAAGAUCAAGUUCUUCGACGUGCCCAGUAAGUCGGUGUUCUCGCUGGUGUUCGACCUGCACUCUCCUCCAGGCAGCGUGUUCUGCAAGCAGCCGCUGAUUAACGGACCCGGAGGAGCGCAGCAGGAGGCGUCCUACUACUGGCAGCAGUUGCCAGGACGACAGUGUCACUCGGUCCCCGUGUCCCCCCAGCUGCCCCGGUCCGAGGCCUUCCAUCUCGCCACCGCCGCCGCCUCCAACAACAACGGUUCUGUGACCUGUGACUCCAACCAGCCGGCUCCAACAGCUACAAACUCCAGAUCUGAGGCGGGACCGCUGGGAAAUGAGAUACGACAGAGGGCCGUACUGAGCGGAUGGGCCAAGAAAUACGUUGUGGUUGAGAUCCCGCCUUACUGCAGGCAGAGAGGAGGGGGAGAGGAGGAAGAGGAGGAGGAAGACGACGACAUCGGCGAGGACGUGGAGGCAGAAGGGAAGAAGGACACGAACAGCCAUGAGGAGGAUGUGUUUGGGCAGAGCUGGUCUCCGAUGGUUCCCAGCAGCGACAGAGACGGCGGAGAGGACAUGGACUGUUCCGGCAGCCUGGACGACGACGAGCAGCACAUGGAACUCCAGGAAACGACGGGAACGCUCCGGACUGAACCACCGAAAGCACAGCACUAGAUGUCUCUGUUUCAGCUGAAUGUAUCACAUGUUAAUUCCUAAAUCAAGACACGCCUGACCUAGAUGUAAGUAACUAUUUUUCAAAGGUAUUUUUUUCACCCAGGUGUGACCGAACAAGUCUUCAGCUCACACACACACACACACACACACACACGCACACACAAAAACACACACACAAAAUCUUCGACAUAGAGAUUAUUUUUGUUGAAAAGGUUGUUAAUAUUUAAUAUUGUGACGUGAUGUAGAUUUAUUUUCCUUAAAGGUUUCUUAAACUAGGCGUCUUGUUGAUGGUGAGAGCUGCUCAGCCUUUGUGUUGUGUAUAUGUGAGUGUUUAAAAAUCUGAAAAAGUUUUGAUACUUCCCAUUUGUUCUGUGUUUAAUUAUCUUGUACUAAUUAAAAACAAAAAAAGCCCCAUAUUGUUGUGAUCAUUGAGACGGGG